AUGGCUGGAAGCACGCAUCCGUGGUGGAAGGAAGCCAGUAUCUACCAAGUAUAUCCCGCCAGCUUUCAAGACUCAAAUGGAGACGGCAUCGGCGAUCUACCGGGUGUCUUAUCUCGCAUCGAUUACAUCAAAGAUACUGGGGCAGACGCAAUUUGGAUUUGUCCCAUGUACAACAGCCCCCAGAAGGACAUGGGCUAUGAUAUCUCGGACUAUGAGAAUGUCUAUCCCCCUUACGGAACUGUUGAGGACAUGGACGCUAUUAUUGUCGCUUGCCACGAGCGCGGGAUGAAGCUAUUGCUCGAUCUGGUCAUCAACCACACCUCGGACGAGCAUGCUUGGUUCAAGGAGUCACGCUCAUCCAAAGACAGCCCUAAGCGCGACUGGUACAUCUGGCGUCCCGCUCGACACGACGCCCAGGGCAACCGCAGGCCUCCCAACAACUGGAGUAGUCAUUUCGGCGGCUCUGCCUGGGAGUGGGACGAGGGAAGUCAAGAGUAUUACCUCCAUCUGUUCGCUCGUGAACAGCCUGACUUGAACUGGGAGAACGAAGAGACUCGUAAAGCUAUAUACGAGACGUCGAUGCACUUUUGGCUUCGAAAGGGUGUCGAUGGCUUCCGAGUUGACACGGUCAACUUGUACAGCAAGGUUCCUGGGCUGCCCGAUGCCCCCUUCACGGACCCAACGUCCGAGUAUCAAUUUCCCGAGGGGCAAGUAUCCAACGGCCCUCGAAUCCACGAGUUCUUGGGCGAAAUGAACGCCAUCUUCGCCCAGUAUGGCGCUACAAUGACGAUGGGCGAGCUAGGUCCCACUAGCAACGUGCGGAAGUAUGUCUCAGCCGCGGCCAAACAGCUCGAUAUGGCUAUCCAGUUCGAUCUUGUCAAUGUUGGCUUUGGCCCGGAUGUUGCAAACAAGUAUAAUAUUGGGCCAGAGGAUGCCUUGACGCUGCCCGCUGUGGCAUCAGCUGUUGCUUCUAUUCAGGGGAUUUUGGCAGAUUCAGAUGGCUGGGUCACGACUUACCUCGAGAACCAUGACCAGCCGAGGUCCGUAUCACGUUGGGGCAGCGACCUCACCGACGAGUCCCGCGUGAGGAGCGCAAAGCUUCUGGCCAUGUUCCAGGCGACCUUAUCUGGCACAAUUCUCAUCUAUCAAGGCCAGGAGAUAGGGGUGACCAACGCUCCAAAGGAGUGGUCUAUGGAGGAAUACAAGGACGUCGCAAGCAUCGACUUCUACGAAGGUGUCAAGGCCAAAACCGGAGGAGACCCAAAGGCUCUGGCCCGCGCGUUUGCUGGGCUGCAAUGCCUGGCUCGAGAUCACAGUCGCAUUCCUAUGAGCUGGGACGCGUCCCCCAAUGCUGGCUUCACAAACGGCGAGAAGCCAUGGAUGAGAGUUCAUGACAACUAUGCGCUCGUCAAUGUCGAGAACCAACUCUCGGACGAGAACUCUGUCCGGUCCUUCUGGAAAAAGAUGCUGCGCUUCCGGAAAGAGCACGCCGAUCUCCUUGUGCACGGCAUCUACAAGGCAGUACAAGACAAAGAUUUGAAUGUGCUCAUCUACGAGAAGCACAGCGCUAGAAGAAAGGCUAUUGUGGCGUUGAAUUUCUCGGGCGCAGAGCAACCCGUCCAAGGCCCGCCCUCAAUUGAAGGCGCUGAGAAAGGCGGGUAUCUAAGCACUUACGGCGAUUUAGUUGAGGGUAACCUCAGGGCAUAUGAAGGACGGGUGUGGAUUGGGUCCUCCUAA